UUUUUCUCAUCACUUUUUUUUUCUUAUUCCUCGUUAAUUUUUAUACUCUAAAAAGAUGACCAAGCCUGCGCAAUAUGCAAGCUUAUCAAUCAAUCUGGUUGGUUUACUAUCGAAUCUUUAUGGCCUUUACUGCGUGAAUUUUGUAUAUGAUAAUCCUUAUGCGGUUGGAUUUGGAGGUCAUUUUCAGUACCUCACCAUUCUCGGACUCACCACAGCAACGUUUGCCUUUGCGUUGAAUGUCCUUCGGUUCAUGGUGCCUGGAAGUAUGCCAACUGCAUACGAGAUUGUAUCCAAUAUUGCCACACCGCUGGAAGGGUUGGUGUGUGUGAUGUAUUGGUCCAUGGUGUUGUAUGAUCCCGAGACGCUGAUACCCAAGGAUAUGCCUCCGAUCCCUGUUAAUGUUGAUUUUUCUCUACAUCUUUACCCCGCAUUAUUCCUGUGGUUCGACUUUUUGGUGUUCAACAUCGAGUUUGAACGGUCGUACCGCCACAUUAUGGUGAUUUAUGGUUUCUGUGUAUUUUAUUUAUUAUGGUCCUCCUAUUGUAAUUCGAAAAACGGAUAUUGGCCGUAUCCGUUCUUGAACGAGUUUAGCGAUCUGGGACGAGUGGCAUUUUACGGUGGAUGUGGCACCCUUUGUUGGUGUAUGUACGAAGCAGGUGCGUUUGUACACAGUCGACUUCAUCCUAAACUUCAAGUCCCUGCCCAUAAAAAGUUGCAAUAGAGAUGCCUGGUGUCGCUGUUUAAAAUAAAAAUUUGACGUCAGCCACUUUGACUUUGACUUGGGCUGGUUUGUCCGCGAUAAACAAGAAAAUUAAAGUGGCCAAAAGAAAA